AUGUGUAAUUUUGGUCAACAGCGUCAACCUCCAAAUGAACUUGCUUUAUGGUAUGGCAGUAUACCUAUAUGCACGAAAUUUUUAUUCACAAGUUUUAUAGCAGUAACAUUGAUAGAAUGGUCUGGACGGUUAGAUCCAAGACUAUUUGCAUAUAUUCCAGAAGAAAUUUAUAAAGGAUUUCAGGAUUUGGAGACUACAAAGUUUGCGGGACGUACAGCUGAUUAUGUUUAUUUUCUUUUAAUGGAAGCGGGUUUAAUUCUCAUAGCCGGUUGGUUAUUUGAAAUAAGGUACCUUAAUCAAAGUCUUCUUAUGUCAAUUAUAUAUUUAUGGUCUCAACAAAAUCCAUAUUUUCCUUGGGUUCUUUUAAUAUUUGAUUUCUUACAAAUGGGAGGUCGUAUACCCUGGAAUACACUUAUUGGAAUAAUUACUGGACAUAUAUUUUACUUUUUACAUGAUCUUUAUCCAGCCAGUGGUGGAACAAGAUUUUUAAAUACUCCUCAAUGGUUAUAUCGUAUUUUUACACCUCCUCCUGUGAGUAUUAAUAAUGGUGGCGGCGGAAUAAGAACAUCUUUUGGAACAGUUAUUCCACCAACUUCGGGAAAUCGAUCUUCCGAAGGUCGAGAAGUUAGACAUCGAUGGGGUAGCGGACAGAGAUUAGGAUCAGAAUAA